CUUCCUCCUUUCCUUCCCUCCUCCCCCAAACAUCAGCAGCCUAGUGGGGAACUAUGAGGAUUUUGAACUGGGUGCAAAAGAAAUUCAUUGGGAGACAAAAGAAGAAUAAAAUUGAUAUUGGGUCGAGUUCAGCUCAUUAUACUGCUAUGCCUGAUAUUCGUAAAGAUGAAUUCAGUGACUGGCCCCAAGCAUUGCUCACCAUCGGGACAUUUGGUAACAGUGAGUCGAAGGAAGAUACAGCAACAUAUGAUUCCUCAGAGGACUUGCAUUCUCUGCAAGAUCAACCGGACCUUAUGCUAGAAGAAGUGAUUAAAUUUCAGAAGGAAUUAGCUAAACUACUUGCACUCAAGCCCAAGUCUAGCACUGAUGGAUCAGAGAUGGGAUGCGAGAAAAAUAAGUUUUGUGAUGGUUUGGAUGAUGAGGACAAUUGUGAAAACUCACCAAAUAGCAAGAUCAUCUUAAACAGAGCCAAAAAGUUGUUAGCAGACCAUAGCAGUGCAAUUAAGAAAAAAUCAAUCUCAUUUCUCCUCAAGAAGAUGUUUGCUUGCAACAGUGGCUUUGGACCAGCUCAUAACUUAAGGGAUCCAUUUCCUGAGUCAAAAAUAGAGAAGCUACUGAAGACUAUACUUCACAAGAAAAUACAUCCUCAAAAUUCUAAUUCAACAUCAAAAAUGAAGUACUUGGAGAAGAAACAGGAGGAGACAACACAUGCUGAAGACAAGAUGCAUGAGAAAGAAAAGGAUGGUGGCAAAUGGGUCAAGACGGAUUCAGAAUACAUUGUCUUAGAGAUGUAGAUGCCAUACAAAGCUUCAGUGUGACUGGUAUGUUUGCAAAGCCUAAGGAAUUCCUUUUGCAUUGUUCUUGCUAAUAUUCUAGGCCAAGCCAUAUCA